AUGGCCGAAAACGCUCAAGCCUCGGCUCCGUCUUCUCUCCCUCCCGCGCCUCAGUCCACUGUCGGUCAAAAUCAACAGUACGAUACUCCUCAGGGCAACGGCCAGGGCAACCAGUCCCACAUGCCCCCGCCCCCGCGCCCUCCUGUGAUCAUUCCCCAAAAUACCAACCCGAUUCCUACCGCCAUGACCUCUCCCAUGUCUGGAGUCGCUAUGAUGUCCCCAACAAGUGCUGGUGGAUAUGUCCGCCGAGCGGCUCCUGAACCAAACAAGAGAGCCCUGUAUGUGGGUGGGCUAGAUCCGAGGGUCACUGAGGACAUCCUAAAGCAAAUCUUUGAAACCACUGGCCACGUGGUCAGCGUGAAGAUCAUUCCUGACAAGAAUGGACAAUUCACCACCAAGGGCCACAACUACGGUUUCGUUGAGUUUGACGACCCAGGUGCGGCCGAGAGGGCCAUGCAAACCCUGAAUGGUCGCCGAAUCCACCAAUCGGAAAUUCGUGUCAACUGGGCGUACCAGUCCAACAGCACGAGCAAGGAGGAUACUUCUAACCACUUCCAUAUCUUUGUCGGCGACUUGAGCAAUGAAGUCAACGAUGAGGUGCUGACUCAAGCAUUCUCUGCUUUCGGUUCAGUAUCCGAAGCACGUGUGAUGUGGGAUAUGAAGACUGGUCGCUCCCGUGGAUACGGCUUUGUUGCUUUCCGCGAUCGCGCAGAGGCAGACAAGGCCCUCAACUCGAUGGAUGGUGAAUGGCUUGGCUCUCGUGCCAUCCGUUGCAAUUGGGCCAACCAGAAGGGUCAGCCUUCAAUCUCCCAGCAGCAGGCCCUGGUUGCUAUGGGAAUGACGCCUACUACUCCUUUCGGACACCACCACUUCCCAACCCAUGGUAUUCAGAGCUACGAUAUGGUUGCUCAACAGACUCCCCAGUGGCAGACUACUUGCUAUGUGGGCAACCUCACCCCGUAUACCACCCAGAACGACUUGGUUCCCCUGUUCCAGAAUUUCGGCUAUGUCCUUGAAACUCGACUCCAGGCCGAUCGUGGCUUUGCAUUCGUGAAGAUGGAUUCGCACGAAAAUGCUGCCUCUGCGAUCUGCCAACUGAACGGUUACAACGUCAACGGCCGACCUCUGAAAUGCAGUUGGGGUAAGGAUCGCCCUCCUACCGGCCAGUUCGACAACUUCUCUCCCCAGCAAGGCAAUGCUGCCCCCUUCAACAACAGCCCUGUUGGUUUCUUCCCUCAAUACGGUGGUCCCGCAAAUCCCAUGAAUCAAGGUCCUGCCCCUGCUGGUCGAGGCUGGGAUCAACAACCCAACAACUUCAAUGGACCUGCCAUGGCUGGCCAGGGCUACGCCCAGGCAGGUAAUGCCGGGGGCUAUGGCCGUGGCCAGCCCAUGUCCCCGUCCGGCAACUGGGACCAGUCCAACAACUUCAACGGAGGCUACCAGGCGUAG